GCUCCCUCCAAGGGAAUAAAAGCCGCGGGCUCGCUAGCUCGGCGCGUGCAGCUGAUAAAUCAGCCUUGGAAGGGCGUCUGCAGCAGCCGAUCCUCUCCCUCUUCGCGUUCGAGCCUCUGCUUCCUCGCGUUUCAUCCUCUGCCUCCUCGCGUUUCAUCCUCUGCCUCCUCGCGUUUCAUCCUCUGCCUCCUCGCGUGCGCCGUGCCCACUGGCGCCCACCACUGUCCUACCCACGACGUGCUGCACUGCACCCGCAGCCAUGUGCCGGACCUUGUCCACCUUCCCCACCACCUGCCUGGAGAGAGCCAAAGAGUUCAAGACACGGCUGGGGAUCUUUCUUCACAAAUCAGACCUGGGCUCUGAUAACGGGAAUAUUUACAAGUUUGAAUGGAGCAAUAAACACUGCAAACAGAGAAACCUUUCAGAAGAUGUGCUGGGAUGGAGAGAGUCGUUUGACCUGCUACUAAGCAGUAAAAAUGGAGUGGCUGCCUUCCAUGCCUUCCUGAAGACGGAGUUCAGCGAGGAGAACCUGGAGUUCUGGCUGGCCUGUGAGGAGUUCAAGAAGAUCCGCUCGGCUACCAAGCUGGCCUCCCGGGCUCACAGGAUCUUUGAGGAGUUCAUCCGCAGCGAAGCCCCAAAAGAGGUUAACAUAGACCAUGAGACCAGGGAGCUGACCAGGACGAACCUGCAGGCUGCCACGGCCAAGUGCUUUGACUUGGCUCAAGGGAAGACACGUACACUGAUGGAGAAGGACUCCUACCCACGCUUCCUGAAGUCGCCCGCUUACCAGGACCUGGCUAGUCAAGCCUCGGCCACCAAUGCCUCUCCGUCCAACUGCAGCCUGGCAGAGCCUUUACACACCUGAGCAUUGUGGCAGUGAGGAACCAGCCUGGAAAAGAGGUUGAGUCACCCAGCCCUUAGGCAGCUGCCCCUGUGUGGGAGACAGGUUCUGCAAAGCAUGUGAGAAGGGACAGUGAAAGAAACAGCUGUUCCUGUUUUGGAAGAAACAGUCUCUCCUCCAGAUACUGUGGGCCUGAUUUUCAUGCAUGAGAGGGUCCUCCCCGCCCCCAACUCCAGGACUUGUGGAUAAGGGGUGAAGAUGACGGUUGUAUGGAGAUCUCUGGGGAAAAGAAUGGUGGUGCAAGAGUUAUCAUUGGCUCUUGUCAUUCUCAAUGGGGCCAGAAAUAUUCUAGGGUGGUUUGGGAAAUCUGUGAUUAAAGGGAAAGUUGAAAAUGAGAGGGGAAGACAGAUCAGCUGUUCUGCCUGUUGAACAGUUGACUGAUCACAUUCUGUUUUCCCAAUUCCCAGACUGUCCAGGGUACAGGAGAGAGACAGGAAUGUGGACCCUUCCCAUUCUGUCUACCUCGCCUGCUUCUGCGUUGCCCUGGGGCCUAGUUGCUUGUAUUUCUUAAUGCUCCUGUGUCCAGCCUCCCAGUCUUGUCAAGACCAGGGAACCAAUGUGAUGCUUGCCCCAAGUGAGAUUUUUAUACCUCAAAAAACAGGCCUUUGCGCCCCUUUCCAUGUCUGUAGAGAGCUCUGAAAAGAAGCCAUCUUGCUCAUGUGAAAUUAAUCUUGGUGCUCUUGGGGACCUUGCAGGUAGGCCCUGACCCUGUGUUUGCAGCAGGGUCCACCUGUGAGCAGGGCCCGCUGAGGGCCUCUGGCUGGGAUGUGCCCUCUCUUAAUAGUUAGGUUCUGUCCUUGAAUGUGCGGACGAUGAGAAGAAAGAUGUAGGGGGCCUCUACGUGAGGGGCUAGUCAGCUUUCAUGUGUGACAGUGUGGACAGAGGGAGCAAACCAUCCUAAGAAACAAAUCUCUUGGCAGUUCCCGAAGUCCUGUUUAAAUCAAGCCAAUAUUUUUUUGUAUGAGAACAGGGAAAAUGACAGCCCAAGAUGGUGGGGAGCCUCGUUGUUUCCUUCCUGUGGAUGUGAGGUGCACUUACUGGGGUGUCGGGAGAGAUGGGGCAAGCACCACAAUGACCCUUGGACAGACCACAGAAGCUGGGAGUGACAUUGGGGAGGGAGGCUACUUGGAAGAGCAGGACCGGGGGACACCAGAACCUGCCUGUCACCUCAAAGAAAUAUUCUGAGAUGGGACUUGUAUACCGAGCCCUGGCUGGGGAGGUAAAUGAACCAGGCAGCCCCCUUGUACCCCAAGAAAAUCACCUCUGUUCUCGCUGCACUGUGAGCUCCUCCAGGAGAAAAUUAUUUAAGUAUAACGGAUUGUUGGUUUUGCGACGCUCUCGUAGCAUAUGAUAUUUGUUAGUGUUGGUAUUGUUGCUGUUGUUAUUUAUUAUCGUAAAUUUAGCUUGCCUUGACUGGAGAAUCUCAACAGGAGCUGGCAGCCCGUCUCUCUCUCUCCACCAGGCUCUACCUCUGAACGUGCUGGGAACCUCCUGUCGGGAAUCCCUCACUGUUUAAAUAUUUAUUUAUUGUUGACAACUGGAGCUGGUUUCCGAGAUGUGAAUGAUGUACUCAACCCCCACUUUCCUGUUUCAGCAUGUUAUAUUCUUGUCAAAUAAAAUUAAACCCAAAUAU